AUGAAAGUUUUUGUAUUUUUAUUUUUAAUUUUCGCAAAUUCUUCAGGAAAAGAUGAAAUUCAUAGCAAAACCGUCGCGCCUACAUCGCCGGUGAUAAAUGUUAUGGAAGGUUCACCAACAUUUUGGAGAAAUAAAGCUCGACAUGACAUCACGAUGAGAUUAAACCGCAAAAUUAACGAGAACAAAGCGAAGAACGUGAUUUUAUUUCUUGGCGAUGGAAUGAGUUUCCCAACAAUUGCAGCUACAAGAAUGUAUCUUGGAAAGGAAGAAACUGAACUUUCAUUUGAGAAAUUUCCACAUUUUGGAAUAUCAAAAACUUACUGCGUCAAUGCACAAGUCCCUGAUUCAGCGUGCACUGCAACUGCUUAUCUUUCUGGUGUUAAAACCAACUACAAUUCCGUUGGAGUGAAUGCGAAUGUUGUUAAUCGACAAUGUUUGGUUCAUAAAGAAGAUCAUGUCGAUUCAAUCAUUAGCUGGGCACAAAAGUCAAAUUUGGCAACUGGAAUUGUGACAACUACUCGUAUAACUCAUGCAACGCCAGCUGCUGCUUACAGUCAUGCAUCGCAUCGUGGUUGGGAAUAUAAUGCUGCAAUUACAACUGCUUGUCGUGAAUAUGAAAACGUCACUGAUAUCGCUCAUCAAUUAGUUCAUGAUGAAGUUGGCAGGAAUUUAAAAGUGAUUUUAGGAUGUGGAAGACGAAAUUUCAUCAACACAACAGCCGUUGAUGAAGAAGGAAGACCAGGAUUGAGAAGUGAUGGAAGGAAUUUAAUUGACGAAUGGUUGGAAGAAAGGAAUAAAAGUGGCAAAGCGAUUUAUGUUGGACACAGACAAGAGUUGAAUGAAAUCGAUAUUGAAAACACGGAUUACCUGCUUGGUCUCUUUGAAGACACUCAUUGUAGGUAUCAAGUAGAUGUCGAUAACAAUGGUCUUCAGCAUCAAGAACCAUCACUGUCUGACAUGACUGUGAAAGCAAUAAACAUGCUACAGAAACACAAAGAAGGAUUUUUGUUGCUUGUUGAAGGUGGAAGAAUUGAUCUCGCACAUCAUUCAAACAGACCGCACUUAGCAUUAGGUGAAACAGCUGAAUUUUCAAAAGCAAUCGAGAUUGCACGAUAUAUGACCAAUGAAGAAGAUACUUUGAUCGUUGUAACUGCUGAUCACAGUCAUCCAAUGACUUAUACUGGCAAUCCACAAAGGGGCAAAAAUAUUUUAGGAAUUGCAGGUGUAAGUGACGUAGAUUAUUUACCUUAUGAAACGUUGAGUUAUGCCAAUGGCCCAGGGUAUCAAACAGUCUCGAGUGAUUCAGCGUAUCGAGUUGAUUUCACAACAAUUGAUAUGAAGGAUCCACAACGACGUGCUUCGACAAACGUUCCAAAGUCAACAACAUCUCACACAGGGGAAGAUGUCGCCGUUUAUUCUUCAGGGCCUUGGUCGCAUUUAUUUACAGGAAGUUAUGAGCAGAAUAAUAUUCCAAUUCUUAUUGCUUUUGCAUCUAAAAUUGGCCCUUAUCAAGAAACGAUAACGACAGCAGCGGCUAAUCGCCUGUCAACUUCAUUCAGUUUUGUAAUUUUGGGACUUUUGUUAAAAUAUUUUCUUUCCUUGUGA